AUGCUGGUGGAGGUGAGUCUCCGUCGCAACCUUGCGCAGUACCCGCUGCUUGAUGUUUUUGUUGGGUCCGGCCUUGUGCGCUGGCCUUGCACCGGCGUCUGCAUCGCCCGCUUCUUCACUAGCAAUUUCGGCCAGCCGGCCUUUUGCUUCGAACGUGACCACGUCGAUCUCAUCCUUGCCACUUACGAAAAAGUGCAGAAGGCACUCUUCAACACCCAUGGUCGCGCUUCGAUAGUCACGGAGCACCUUCGACACAUAAUCGAGGAACGGUUUGGCGUCUCCGAAAUCCCGGACGCGUUCUUCUUCUUCCCGGAGCAAUUGGGCGGUCUCGGUCUGCGGAAUCCUUUCGUCUCCACGCUUUUGGUCCGCGAUGAGCUUAGCUCUACCCCUGUCCAGCUUAUAAAUGAUUACAAGGAAAACGAGAAGCAGGCAUACCUCGACGCCAAGAACAAAUUUGAGGAGCUGACCGUACGCGAGCGCUUUCAGCUGUACCAGGAGGUCCUCCCCGGGGCAGAGUCUGGAGAAACCCCUGUCCCUGAUAGAAGCGAAUUGAGUACCUUCAUGUCUUUUGAGGAAUACGCUCGCUUCAGAGAAUCCACCGACAACCAUCUGCGAGUUCUGUACAUGAAGUUGAUGUUCCAGGUCUCGAGCGCGCUGGAAAAGGUGCAGUCCCAGAUCGAUUAUCCGGUGGGGAAUAAUGAACUCAAAUGGAUACUGCAGCUUUAUGCCAACGAGCCGCUGAGACUCCUUGGCGGGUUGAGUCUGGUGGACAAGCGGUUCUUGCCUGUUGGGGUGUUGGCGAUGGUCAAGGGAAAGAGGUUCACCUGGCAGAUGGUGUUGUAA